UCCGCUUCGUAUUUCAGGGAAUUCGUUGAACUACUUCUGGAUUAUAACGUUUUGUCAGAGACAGAUGUGGCCGCGCAGUCUAACACGUUUUACAGUUAACAGUAUUUGACAGUUGUGGAUGUCUUUUUCCAUUCACGUACGUAACCUCGUACCCGAGCGAGCUAGCUGCUUGUUAGUGAACGAUGCGUGUUUGCACGUUUCAUUCAUUUUGGCUAACGCUAGCUCUGUAGUGGCGGCUCACGCUCACCUGACCGGGCUUUGGUCGACUUGAUAUCAUUAGGUACUUUCUCCGCUGCAGUUGCUUGACACAGUUGAGCUACAGCUGUGGUUUUCUGUUGAACUGAGACAUAACAGCCCCUGGUUUCAGCCACUCAGCCGCUUCAACCUCAGUUAUCAUUCCAAGGAAAUUAGGUUAGCAAGGUAACGUCAACUUUUACUAACUAUUAUGGAUUAUGAGCACAAAGCGAGGGCAGUAUCUGACUGCUUGCUGAGCUACAAGAAGGAUGAGUCCGGGUGGAAAAUCUGCAAGAAAUCGAACGACGUGGUUGUGUCUUGGCGUCCCUCGUCAGAGUUCCCUGGGAAUGUUUAUAAGGGGGAGGGAGUUGUCAGCGGCAGCCUGGAGAAAGUGUGGGAGUGCCUGAAACCUGUACCUAAUGGGCUCAGAGUCAAAUGGGACAACAAUGUCAAAAAGUUUGAGCUUUUGGAACAAAUCACAGAGGACAUCUCUAUCUGCCGAACAGUCACGCCCUCAGCAGCUAUGGGUAUCAUAGCUCCACGAGACUUUGUAGAUGUUAUUUUAGUUAAGAAAUACGAAGAUGGCACCAUUUCAUCAAAUGCCACCAAUGUGAGUCACCCGGGCUGCCCUCCCCAGCCUGGCUAUGUGAGAGGAUUCAACCAUGCAUGUGGUUGCAUCUGCGUCCCCAUCUCAGGAGAGCCCAACAAAACCCAGGUGUUCAGUUUCUUUCAGACGGACCUGGGCGGCUUCCUCCCUCGCUCCGUGGUGGACUCGUUCUUUCCAUCCAGCAUGGCGGAGUUCUACAGCAACCUGGCCAAGGCCGUCAGAUCCCUCAAGGACCUUUGAUACUAAGAGUUAAGAAAUCUACCUUCAAACCUGAGGCCUGUUGACUGGUCAGGCCAAAUGUCCUUUCCAUUUUAAACAGUCCAAACUCAACAGCAGUCAGCACACUUAAUCCAAAUAGAUCUAAUCCAUGCUUUGUGUUUAAUGUACAGUCAUAUAUUCCUAUGUGACUGUAGGAGGGAUCCAGAAAAUCCUCCAGCAGUCCACACCCCUGAUUUGAAAGCAGUUUACACCCCGAAAAAAAAAAAAGGCCAAAAUAACGAGAGCUUCCGCUUCACAAAACCAGUCCUUUUAUGGAUAUCAAUAAAUUCCAGGGCAAGUUUGGGGCAAAUAAAUUCUGCCCUCUGUCUGUGGGUGGAAUUUAUUUUCUCUAAACUUAAAAAAUGAAAAUAGAUGUAAAAUCUAUAUUUGUACAUGUGUUAAAAGAGUAGAAUAUCUUUCCUUUUUUACCAGAAUGAUGUGACACCAGACAUUCCUCUUCUUCUAAUGACAGUAAACAUGCGUGCUGCAGUGUUUCCCAUACAUUCAUUUAUUGGAGUUGGCCCAUUACAACAUCAACACUGAUAUUCAUUUGUUUUUUAUUAUUUUAAAUGGGUGUAAAACCGUGUUUCGUUUGUUCUCUCUCUCUCUCUCUCUCUCUCUCUCUCUCUCCUCCUCUCUCCCUCUAUCUCGCUCACACACACAAAAACACACAGCUGGCCCGUCAGAGAACAGGGCCUCCUCUCGGUGCACAUUCUGAAUAGAAACAGGAUCAUGUGUGGGAGGAAGAAUUGUUGCUGGCUUUUCUACACAGUGAAGACAGUUAGCAUAGCAGCUAGUCAGUAUCAACUGCUUAUGCAAGUGGAUAGCAUUAAUGUUAAUUCUUUAACUCCAGGUGAAUAUUGGAAAUUAUUUUCAAACACUCAACUGGGCUCGUGCUGAGACAGUCUAAUACCAGCGGUAUUAGCGAAGCCGAGCAGGUAGAAACACGCGGGGAAGCUGAACAUUCUGACUAGUGUGAUCAGCUGUCCGGGUCAUUUGUUCUGAGAGUGCCCAGGAUUCAACCAGGGCUGCUCGGGCAACUGAAGAAGCACGAGAGGGUCAGGGAGGGAUAGAUGAAGCUAACGAAGAGAGGGAUGAGGAGGAGUCAGCUAGGGCAGAAGCAACAGGUGAGACUGAGACCAAGCACAGAGACAGAGCUGUGGAUAUUGUUCAGUAUUUGUCCUCAUGUAUUUGUCAUAUGGCCAAUGAUAAUUAUUGUUGUUAUUAUUAUUACAAACCCCCCCCCAACUUAGCUGCCACCACAAAUCGAAUCUAAUUCUGUGGGAAACACUGCAAGUUGCAUGGAUCCUAUUUGCCCAAUGCUGGUAUCAUGUUGGUUUGGAGUACUGCCUCAUACCUCACACAGUUGUUAGUGUACUUGAAAUGUCUUUGUUUGUCUCAUCUGCACUCACCUAUAAACCAUGGAUAUCAGCUACACCCAAACACUGAAGCACAGGUGACAUGCAGAGGAGGCAGCACCUUUCUUUCUGAACGAAUGCCUUUUAAACAGGUCCUGUUCAAUUCUGCUCGAUUGAGCAGAAAAGCGUCUUCCUCUUUUUUUUUUUUGUUUUUUUUUUCUUGGCACUGGUUUGUGAGACGCAUUUCCCUUUCUUUUUCACCAUAUACAGCUCUCAUGACGUUUUAAGAUUAGAACCAAAUCAGCUGCCUGCGGUUUGUGUCACGUGCUCAGUAUGCUCUCAUUAUAUUUGAGCCAACUUCUCAAAACCUGGCAAAACAAAGGCUUUUGUGACUAACUGAACUUACAAAGGUUGUCAGCAUAUGACUGGAUUUUCCAGUCCAUCAGUUAGACCAGUUUACAAUCAAAGGAAAGCAAUGUGAUGAAAAAAUCCCAUGUAACAUGGACAAAUGCCAGUCACAUAGUUUAUGAUACAGUAAGUUAAACCUGUUGUGAUGAAAUAUGUAAUAUGUUCAUAGGUACGUCAGAAACAAAGCUCGAGAGCUUUACUGGAGAUAGUGUAAGGCAGUGCUAAUGUGUUAAAGACACAGAAAUGUACUGUGAUCUAUCUCACUGUAAGAAAAUAUCCAAACAGUUUUUAAACAUUUUUAAAUCGUUUUUUUAAUGUGUUUGUAGGCUGUUUAACCGAUGGUAACAUAGAAUCUGUCUUGCUGCUAUGGUUCAGUGUAAUUUAAUGUACUUUCUGUACUUGGGGAUGGUACUCACUUCAUUUAAAAGCAUUAAAAAAAAAAAAAAAAAAAAACUAUACCUAUAAACCCAGAACCCAUCGCUUUAAAUAGGGAUGGGUUCUGGUGAAAUACCCGGAUUCACUGAGCUCUGUGGCAAAACAAAUCCCUUAUUGAAUCUUUCCUUCGUGAUCUGCCUCUUUCUGGCACUACAGGCAUCUGCGAAGAAAAAUAAAUUACUGACUAGUACAAACACACGCUAACUCUGUGACACAGGCGUUAAACAGACUGUUAACAUGGCACACUGCCAUAACAGUGUAGUGUUUCUACCCAUGCUUCUACAGCUUCCUCCCAGUGAGGAGCACAGAUUCUUCUCCUUUGUAGCAAAAGGAAACAUGAUUCGAAACAGGCUUAAUGAAUGUCACAGUAGAAUCUCUGUGUGAAUAAAAAUGACAGAACUGGAUUCAGAUUGGACUCCAUCAAACCCCAUCCCCACCUCUUAUAUGACCACUAUCUUCAAACAUUAUUUCCAGGGGGGGAAAAAAAAGACUCUCUUCAUGCUAUUACAGCAAUAGCAUGAACUUAACCUGGACCAGACACAGUCUGUGUUACCACGGUGAUCUUAAUUUUAGACCACCUUUGUCCACACAGGAGCUUUUUUUUUCAUUUAAUCAUGUGGAUUGAAACGCUCUGAGAUCCACAUGGUGAGAUGUGUUGUAGUAUUUGUACUAGUCCAUUUGUCAGAAAGCCAGUUCCAGUGUAGUGUUUCUCAUAAGGCUACCUCACUGUCUCCACAUUGUACUCAAUGAUAGUUCUGUAUAGGGGAAAAAGAAAUGGGAAAUGCCUUCACACAGUGGGCACUGUCAUGAGUGUAUUUCCACUAGUCCAGAUCAGGGCAUGUGUGAGCAGGCUUUGAUACUUACUGCAGACGUGUACAGUAAUAACCAUCCACACUGACACACUGGCUUUAUUUAUGUCACGCUGUCUGUUAACGUAAAGGCUCAUCUUCAGGUCAGACAGACAGGGAGAGACUUCACUCCUCUGUACCUGCACACAAACAUCAAAGCUCACAGCACUUGGAAGAAAAAAAAAAAAAAAAAGUUACAUCCUGACUGUAUUUAUAACCUUAACAAUAUACAAGAUAUUAUAAAAUGCUAUCUAAGGUUUGAAUAUUUACCUAAAUAGUAUAUACAGAUAAUACAUGUGUAAGUUAUUCCACAACUGCCAGAAUCCUCUUCAGGUACUGAGAAGAAACUGGGCACACAAACGUACUGUAUCAUUUAAUCUUCAUACACUGAGGCUCGCUCAGAGGAAAUGCUCCAUCUUUGUGAUUUGAGAGACACACAGUGUAAUAAGCCUUCCCUCAUCCCCUCUGCUUUCAGGUUGAAGUGGACAGUUCCUUAAGGAUAACUUAAUGGAUUUUCCCACUUAAAUAACUGGAUUAAAUGUAUUGCUUGAACAUAAUCAGCACUUUAUGAAGAAAAUCGCUCGGUAUGAAAUGAGCGUGUCAGAGGGUGAAGAUGAGCGUCUGAGUGAGGGAAGGCUGGAUGCAUAGGUUUGAUUAGUGCUGCCGUACCCACUUCCUCCAGAGCCUCCAUGUGUAUGAAAAGCCAUAUACUGUGACAUGUUUUAACUUGUCUUGUUUUACGUUCCUUGAAAAAAAGAAAAAAAAAAAAAAAAAAAACUUUUUCUAUUUUUGCCUGUGAUGUCUUUUUA